AUGAUCUACUAAAUUGAUUUGAUCAUGUGUAGAAAGAGUUACAACCGCAGAGAUAACUUUAAUAUUAUAGAGAUUUUCCCAAAAUUCUUAUAAUCAGAUAACAACGAUACUUGGACUGAAGCGAUCGAUGUAUCUUCAUUAACUGGAGAUAUUGCAGUAGGUGGAAGGUCUAAUGAUCCAACCUUUGUAACAUUUCCUGGCUAAUCAUUCAUACUUAUAUACCCUAGUUCUGGAUACUCAUUUAAAUGGGUAAAGUAAAUCCUGACAAAUAAGUAGGAAUUCAAAAAGAUACAGUUUAAUGUAGAUUCGACAAGAAUUAUUUCACUUUUUCUUAAUCCAUUAACAGUAGUCAUAUUGGAUUCAUCUAACGGUAAUCUGAUAGCUUCAGCAAAAGAUUAAUUCAAUUAUUUCCUUGGAGGUUACGCUGAUUUUAUGUCAUUUUCAACUAUCUAAGUAAAAGUAGCAGCUACGAAUUCUGGUGAUUAUGUUCAAAAGUUUAGUUCCAUGUUAGCAGCAAUUGUAAAAUUUGAUGACAAAGGAGUUUCUUGGGUAUCAUAAAACUACAAUCCAAUCUAAGGUGAAUUCAAGAUUAAGCAUAUGUCCAUUCCAAUUAAUGAUAAAUAAAACUUAUUCGGUUGUGGUGCUUCACAAGUCGCAGGAGAUCAAUUAAUUAUGACAUACCAGUACUCUUAUUUGGAUUAAGAUAAAUCUGCUAGUUGUACAGAUAUAAAAGCGACUACUUCUCAAAAUGCUAUAAUUAUGGGAUAUGAUGAUAUAGUAAAAAUGGUUUUUAUUCUACACUUAUAAUUCUAUGCAGGAACUAUAUCAUCUUCAAGAAUUUAUAUCACAGAUAGGAACUACGAAAAUUUACAAAUAUAUGACGGGAUGAUAAUAACAAAUGGUCAGUACUAUUACUCCGGAAAAAUUCAAAAAUUAAAAGGAUGUUUAAAUAGCAAUGUCUACUAAGCAGGGUUUCUAAUGUUUAAUACAAUUGAUCCAGCUAGUUAAAAAUCUUGUUCAGAUAUGCCCUUUACCUACACAUUACUUUAAAAUACUGGAUCUUAUAAUGUACAGUAGUUUCUUUCUCUGAAUAUCGAUAAAUAAACCUCAGAUCCGUAUAUCACUAUAUUAACAACUAAUUCAACGCUCAAAGGAAUGUACAACAUCUCCAUAAUUGGUACAUUGCCUAAUGGUUAGUAAACUUAAGUAACUUUUAUGGUAAUUUUAAAAGUUGCAGUGAAUGAUCUUAUACCUUCCAGCAUUCCUAACUAUGAGUAUAUUAUCGGAGAUUCCCCAUAGGUUAUUAUACUUCCAAAUUUUUAUGUUGAUCCUGCUCAGGCUAUAAUAUAUACUUUACAAAAUUAAGAUGGAAGUGCUUAUAACACCAAUUCUUUACAGUUCUCAUCUAUGAGAUUGAUUAAUCUCACAAUUUAUACAAAUAGUGAUUCUUAGGAGGGGGUAUUAAAGCUUUAAUUAUACGGGAGAUCAGCAAUUGAUGCAAGUUACUUUACUUUCACUAAUUUUUAGAUUAAAAUCCUGAAUAGAUGUGUUAAAGCCAAAUUAGCUCCUUAAUACCUACAAGAUAUGCAAUACUAUAUAGGAAAAGAUAUACUCAAAUAAUACUUUUCAGCAUUUACUAUCACACCUUCUACUUGUGGACCGAUUACAUAUUAAGCAGCUGUAUUAGGAUAUUUGAUCUAGCCAAACUAUAUAUAUUUUAGUGGAACCUCCAGAUUUAUUCAAGUCUUUACCAAUGAUUAUUCAAAAGUAGGAGACUACUAGAUUUAAAUACAAGCCACCAACAAAUACAAUAAUGAAUCAGCUUCAGCUUUCCUAACUAUUAGUAUAAUUUGCUAAGUAUUUGAACUCAUACCAGAUAAGAAGUAGCCAAAGCAAUAUCAAUACUACAUUAAUUAAGUUCCAUUUUUAGGAUUUGCUCUAAAUCCUUUUAUGCAAACUCCUUAAUGUGAUAAAAUUGAACAUAUAAAAUAAUCCUCGAAGGUACCUGAUAGUCACAUAUAAGUAUAUGCUGGGGGUUAUUAGCCAUUCAAAUUUGACUUCUAAACUCAGUUUUUCAUUAAAUAUAUUGAUCCUAUAAGAGUAUAUUUUGAUGAAAAACAUAUUGGCUAUAAAGAUAGUGACUUUAUCAAAGUAUCCGGAUCAUACAGUCUUUUGAUUAAUGCUUAAGGAAAGCAUGUAGAAAAUCAUCAUAUUUAUAUUAAAGCUUAAUACUUUGAGCCUGAGGUGCGUGGAAAAAUUUGCAGUCUUAGAUGUGGUGUUCCUGUUGAUCUUAGAUAGGAUAUUUAUAUAAAUGUUGUUUUAAAUUACAGUAAUUCUGAUGCUGUAAAUGAUAAUAGAUAACAUUUAGCGGAAAUCGCAAAUAAUUCUCUGACAAAUACAGGAUUAAGUGAUUAAAAAGGAACUGAUUCCAUCAAAUUAGAGGCUGAAAUAAAAUAUAUAACUAAUACUGGACUAGUCACUAUUGAAUUUAGCAAAGCUAUCAUGAUAUUUGGAAAUUUCUCAGAAUUUGGAGAAAAAGAACUAUUGCUAAAAAUCCCAAAAAGAGGAAGUUAACAGAUAAAUUUUAAAUGGUAGAUUGUUUACCAAAAAGAAAGGACAAUGAAAAUAUAACUUGAUUAUGAAAAGCCUUUGCUCGUAUCAUAAAAUAUAACCAAAAAUAUUCAAAGAUAAAUACUCCCAGGAGGUAUUAUUUAUAAUUUAAAUUUGAUGAGUUUAAGCCCUAAUCAAUCACAAAUUGGUACUUUACUGACAUCUGAAUAAAUAAGCUAUCAAUAAGACUCCUAGAUCUUUGAAGCAAAUGAUUCAUAGGAAAUACAUAGGACAUUGACAACACAAUUAAGUAAUGAUUUAAAUGAGAUUCCCAAGGAUUAAACCUCUAUUAUUUUACCAAGAGAGAACCUUGACCUACCUGCUAAUUUUCAGUCAGAAUCCUCUUUGUCUAAGAAAGAAUUAGCAAAUAAAAUUCGCUACACUGAAUUUAACUCUGCUAAAUCUGCUCCUUAAUAAUGCAAACUAACUAGACAUGGUAAAUAUUCUCAGACUUUUGCUACAUCUUUGGAAAUUUGUCAGGGUCUUAUUUUAGAAGUAAUUGAUAAUUUGAAAGUUUCUGAAAGAGAAUAUGCUAACUCAGUGAAGCAUCAUCUUCAGAAUGUCAAUGAAGGAGGUAUCUAUGAUGAUAAUUCUAAAGAUUAGUUAUCAAACACUGCACCAAUGAAAGAGAUCAUAAGAAAGAAGGUCAAAUUCUAAGAGACUCUUGACUUUGAACCGAUUUAAAAACAAGUCGAAUGUAUGAGAUAGAUAAAUGCUGGAGAGUUUAUGCAGACAGUAAAACAUUAGAAUAAUUAUCAAAAUUAAUUGAAAUUUUCCCAAUCUAAUAAGCAAUAAAUAGUUUAAAAACAUAACAAAACAGUAGAAAACCCACAACUUAAGACCUUGUGGCUUAUAAAGAACAAUAUUCUAAACUAGACCUAUGAGAAAUAUUUAAAGUAUGAUCCUCAAUUUGCUAAGUUCAUGCUUAUAAGAUCUAUGAAUCAAAACAUGAUAUUUGACUCAAUUAUUUCUGGAUGUUGGCUGCCAAAGCCCAAGUAAUUUGAGAUAUUCUAAUUUGUCUUAGAAGAUGCAGAGUAACUAAGAAUCAAGAAUAACCUGGGAUACCACACUCCCAUUUAUCUCAUAUUCUCAAUUAAAAGGUCUGGAAUGUUUCAAGGAAUCGCUCAGGUGAUGAGUCCUCUUCAAAGAGACCAGAAAGGCAGUUAUUACUUCAAAGUAAAAUGGCUCCUUGUGAAAAACAUUGAAAUUAAUCGGUUUGUUGGAAUAAAGUACAAUCAAGAGGAUAGAGAUUUUCUUGGCUCUAACAUUAUGACAAUCAGUCAUAUUCUUGGCAAAAUGGUUUUAAGAUUGUUUAUUUAGUUCUAAACAUGCCAUUCACUGCUAAAUGACAGAAAUUUUAGAUAAUUCCUGAAGAGAUUAUGA